AAAUAACAAGUUUCUGGAAGGCUCAUUAACAUUAACCCGAUUUCAAUGCAACGCAAAAUACUCGUAAAAUGCAUGUGUGUGCCAUGUAUGCAUCUCGCUUUGGUCCCAAUAUCAUGUUGGAUAGCUUAGUUGAAACCAGAAUGACGGAGCAGAGUCAGAGGCAGAGUUAAAGGUAAACUUGGGUUCCGUUUUGUUCUUCAACAACUUGUACUCGCACUACGAGCUGAGCAUCAUACUACUACCAUUUUUUGGCUAUGCGGCCAAAGAAUUUGUACUCGCAAUUCUUUUGUGUGUGGCUGCUAUAAAAGUGUUGCCUCACGGCUCCAGUGGCAUCAGUAAUCGCUCGGUCAGCACCCAAGCACAACUUUGAAUUCGACAUGCGUCCCUUCACCAUUUGCACUGCGUUGUUCGCACUUGCCGCCCUGGGCGUGGCCAGUCCUUUGGGCAGCACCUACCUGCCACCUCAGGCCAAUGCGUACAGCAGCUACAACACGGCUGCCUCGAGCAGCGCCAGCUCAUACGCUGCUCCACCAGCGGCAACUGGUGGUCACUAUGCUGCUAGCCGUUCUCAUGGAUAUGCUCCGUCGGCAGCUGCGCCAUCUCGUCAGUACCUGGCACCCGCUGUCCAUUCCCAACAGAGCUACUCGGCGGGAUACAACUCGGGUUAUGCCUCGACGCCAGCCGCCUCGCGCAGCAGCUACAGCGUCGCCCCAGUGGCAGCUCCAUCUCGCCAAUAUCUGGCGCCAGCGACAUCCUUAAGCAGCUACUCCACCUCGGGUGCCACCAGCUACUCGGCUCCCAGGACCUCGUACAGCAGCCACUCGUCAUCUGCAGCUGCAGCUCCUUCGCGCCAGUAUCUCGCACCUGCUGCUCACAGCAGCUACUCCGCUCCAGCUGCAUCGCACAGCAGUUACUCAGCACCCUCACACAGCAGCUACUCUGCUCCCGCUCGCAGCAGUUACUCCGCUCCAGCUGUUUCCCACUCCAGCUACUCCGCAUCGGCUUCAUCAUAUGCACCAGUCGCAGCUCCAUCGCGUCAGUAUCUGGCUCCUGUCGCUUCGCAUACGAGCAGCUACUCUGCGCCAGCCGUCACCCGCAGCAGCAGCUACUCCGCUCCAGCUGUUUCCCACUCCAGCUACUCCGCUCCAGCCGUCACCCGCAGCAACAGCCACUCCGCUCCAGCUCGCUAUGCAGCGUCGUCUCAUGGCCAGGGUUAUGGCAGCCUUUCGGCGGCUUCUUCUGGCUCAGCGCGUAGCCAGGGUCAGGGCUAUGGAUAUUCCGCACCUGCUUCCUUCGGAGGUGGCUAUGCUCAGGGUGCAGCUGGCACUCGCUAUGCAGCUAAUGGAGGUUAUCAAUAUCGUUACAAGCAUUAAUCUGAUCCCCGAUCUCUGAAGGCAAAACAACUCGAAUUCAAUCAAUACAUUUUUUUUUUUUUUAAUAAUUUAAAUAAUCGAAAGCAAAGUGUGCAAUAAAUGCGAAAUACUCCGAAACAUUAUUCUUAAAUCAAUUUUAAGCAAAAUCCAAUAGAAUUAAUCACGAACUUUGGAACUUUGACUUUUUAAGUGGUUUAUUGUGUCAUGAUUGCGACAAACUUGUUUCGCCUUUAAAGUUCAAAUUACUAAUCACCUACAACUUAAUUGGAGAGCAACGUUUGUAAGUGUAGAAUUUGAAAAAGAUUCCCAAAUGUUCAAUCAUAUCAUUUCUAUUGGCAGAGAAUUGUUUAAGCUUAAUGAUUGCCAACAAGCUACCGAAUUUCGGAAUGAAUAUGUUUGCAGUUUAGCAUUUAAGUAUUCUGGGAACUCAUCUAACUGAAACUGGAAAUAUUUCUUUAUGUUAAAUUCAUAGUAAUUAAUACUUUACGGGCGAGUUUCUCAUGUUCAAGCUGUUAGUUAGCUGUCGCUCGCCUUAAUUUAUUGUCCACAUAAAAACAAUGUCAAUGCAUCUGUUGUUUACGAUUGGUUUGCAAAUGUCAUAAAAUAUAAUAACUUUUUAAUUAGCUGAUAUCUGUUUAAUAGUUGAGGCGAAAUUUAUAAAUAGAUGAUAAGAUGCAAAAUAAACACCCGAAAAUCUUUUCCGUAUGCUUAACUUUAUUGAUCAGAUGACUGACUGAAUGUUUAAAAGUUAACUUACAGAUAAGAUCAAGCGCUUUAUCUGGGUGAAUACUUUGCUCUAGAGCUCUAUAAAUACAUCUCUUUAAUCCGCUUGAUAGUUGAGGCGAAAUUCAUAAAUGAAUGAAAAAAUAGAUGCAAAAUACCCACAAGAAAUUCUUCUCUU